GUAAAAGAAGGGGUCAUGAGGCGGUGGCAGUGGGUACCCAUGUGGGUGUGGCUGGCUGGACUGGGGGCCAUAGAAACAGCGCCCAGCCCAGAGUUGGCCCCAGGAUCAGAGCCUCCACUCUUCAUAGACAGACUUGACUUCUUUGAUUACCCAGACUCGGACCAAGCCAGCAUUCUGGCUGUGGCCCAGUUUAUUGGAGAGAGGCCUGUGGUCUUUGUUAAAUCAGGUUCCAGCCCUGGGCUCUUCAAUCACAUCCUGGUGGGAGCCCUGGUGGUGGCCUUCCUCUUCCUCCUUCUCCAGUUCUGCACCCACAUGAGCUUCCAGAAAGGGGCCUAAGGAGCCUCGCAAGGGCCCUGGACGCAGCCUGAGUGCCCAAAUCCACCCUCCUCUGCUGAUAAAUAAAGGUCCUGGCCUCCUCCC